AUGUGUAACUUUGCUUGUGGUAUGGUGAGCUUGUUAGGAGGGUUGGUGCUGGUGGCAGUCAGCUCGUAUGUAGCCUUCGGAGUGGUCCCGGGCAUCAUAGACAGUGUUAUAGAGAGUGAGGUGGUGCUCACCAAUGACACGGAGCAGUUCGAUCGUUUCGAGGAGGUUCCCUUCCCUCUCACCUUCAACGUGCGACUCUUCAACGUGAGCAAUGCUGACGUGGUCCUCAACGGCGGAGUCCCCGUCGUUACAGAAGUCGGCCCUUACAGUUACAAACUUAUUCAGAGACGUGAGAUCGAGGAGAUGGGUGAGGACAGCAUCACUUACCGUCGACGAGAUCAGUUUGAGUUCGAUGCUGAGGCUUCUUACCCACUGACUGAAGACGACCGAGUCACCAUCGCGAACGUAGCCUUCCACAGCAUACUUCAGAUGGCCGAGCGUCUGUUUCCCGGCCUGAUGGGCAUUUUGAAUAUUAUUCUGAGCGGUGUGUUUGGUGAACACUCGGGUCCAUUGAUGACGGUGCGUGUGGGCGACCUUCUGUUCGAGGGUGUGAGCCUAUGUAAGGACCCCGGCAUCGUCGGCCUCAUAGCUUGCAGCCAGAUCGCGAAUAUCGGCGCCAACGUGAGGAAUCUGGAGGUCCUGGAUGACGGCUCCUUGCGGUUUGCUGUCCUUAAAUAUAAAAACGAUACUAAGAGUGAAAAGUACGUGGUGUCGCGAGGUCUUAAGGAUCCAAGACAGAUGGGGAUCAUCUCGUCUUACAACAACUCAGCCUACCUGACUAACUGGGUGAACUGGAUGAACGACAGCGGUGACGUCACUAAUAGUACCUGCAACAUGGUCAACGGAACUGACUCCGGUGUGUUUCCACCAUUCGUGGACAGAAGCUCGCCUGUGUUCGCAUUGAACACAGACAUCUGCAGGUCUGCGGAGUUGAGGUAUCAGUACGACAGCGAGUACGAAGGCAUACCGGUGGCGAGGUUCUCAGCCAACGAGUGGUUCCUGGACAACCACGCGGGCUGCUUCUGUCUCAACACAACCACCGGCAUUACGAAGGAGGAUGGCUGUCUUAAGAAGGGGGCCAUGGAACUAUACAGCUGUGUCGGUGAGUACAUUAUAUAUUGUAGACUCUAUGUCAUCAACAAUAAGAUCGAAAUUGAUUAA